AUGGACGGACUUAUGAAUACGAGAGGCGCCAGAAUAAAACUUAGACUGACAUCUACCGGAGACCUCCUCGGGGAGCUGUAUGAUAGGUUCAUUGCGAGGAUUCAAGAGCUCGACGAUGCCGAACAGGACUUUGCCAAAGAAACUUUGGCGUGGCUUCUCCUCGUGAAGAGACCUAUGCGAGAAGCUGAGAUGCGACACAUCCUUCAAAGAGAUCAAAACACCUCCCUGUCGGAUGCAGAUGAUGCUCCGGACUACGAACAAGUUUUGGAGCUGUGCGAGGAUUUCAAUAUUCUAGUUGACGUCAGGGGCGGCAAUUGCCUUGACGUGCACCCUCCGGCUUCGGAUUAUCUCCUGCGAACCCUGAAUUCCUGGUGUCCGGAUGCCAAUAUGAGGGUUGCUAAACGGUGUCUGGUAUAUCUUAUCUUGGAAGACUUCAAGAAUGGCCCUUGUAAGACGGAUGUCGAGUUUGAGUCAAGGUUGGAACACCAUGCUUUGUAUGAGUAUACGGCACAGCACUGGGCGGAGCAUCUCCAUGGUUUGCAAAAUUUGCCGAUGGAUCUCGUCCGCCUGUUUCUGUUGGAUGAAGAAAAAAUCGCCUCAGCAACCCAGGUCAUAUCAGUACUACACCAGAAGCCACUGGGACCAGGCUAUAGUCAGAAAUUUGAUCCCCCUGGAAGCGGCUUUCAUGUCGCAGCGCGACUGGGAUUGACAUCUGUUUUAGCUUCUCUGCUUGGAGAAGAGCAACAGUGGCUAGCUAUGGUGGAUACAAAAGGGCGAACCCCACUAUGGUGCGCGAUCGAGAACGACCAACAGGAGACUAUGGAAUUCCUAAGUCGUAUCGAUCGAACAACGUUUACGCUGCUACUGGAUAAGGCGCAAACAUCAUUGGCUAAUACCUUGCUCCGGGUUGCUGCAACAAGAAUCAAAGAUCUGCAUUCAAAUACUGCUUUACACAUCGGUGUCAUGCGCCAAGAUUUGGAGAUCAUGCGACUCUCGCUCAAUUUUGGCGUUGAUGUCGAUGCGAAAGGUGUGAAUGGCUACUCGGCCAUUGGGUUGGCCAUUAAACAAGCCCGCAAAUCUGGACAAGUCGAUGCCAUACAUCUGUUACUUGAACACUCUGCAAGUACGGCACAACUUCGCGUCUCGGAUUGGGAAGAGGCAUUUGAGGAAGCUUAUCCAGUCUCUGGGUUAUUCAGUCAAAAUAUAAUUGAGCUCUCAGAAUAUGAAACAGGAGGAACGAAAAUUGGGUUUUUCUCAUCGCACAACUUCGACUUGGUCGAUCAUCCAGUACCGCCCGCUGCGAGAAGACUGCUGUAA